UUUUCGUUCCUUGAUUUCUAAGCAACUCUCAUUGGAAACUGCUCUCUCUCUCUCUCUCUCUCUCUCUCUCAUAUUAAAGUAAGACAUAAACAAGCUCACAAGUCUCCCAUGGAAGCAAAUCCCCUGCAAAUUCAACUCUCCUCUGCAACAAUCCAUUAGAUUCAAGCUGUCAAUAAGCCCUUCAAAAGAUAACUUGUUCUUCUCUCUCUCUCUCUCCCUCUCUCUCUCUUUCUUCUUCCUGUUCUUCUUCUUCUCCCAUGUUUCCUCUCUUCUCUCUCCUUCUCUUCCAUGGCCCUGCAGAAACCUUCUCGCCUAGUUCUGCUCAUCGUCGUCUGCCUCUCUCUCUUCGCAAUCUCGUUUCAUGAGGUCCGCGCUUUCAGCUCCAGGAUCACCAGCCACAACGCCGCCGCCAACUUGCCCCUCCCUCGCCACCCUCCGCCGGCCAACAGAAAAGUCCUGGAAAACAGCAAGAAGUUCGACUUCACCCCGUUCCUCAGAAACCACAGCCGGAAACAUCCCCCGGAGAGCGAGAUCGAUCCGCUUUACGGCGUCGAGAAGCGGCUGGUUCCCACCGGCCCGAACCCAUUGCACCACUAGCCGGCCGCCGUCGGGAGAUGUGAUCCGAAACUGAUGAUCAGACCAGACAACAACAUUAAUUGGUCAGUGAAGGCUUUCCCACCAUUAAUUAGUUUGUAUUAAUAUUAAUCCAUUUGCCUGAUUCUGUAUAACUAAUUCACAUUGUAAUGGAUUCCAUAUACUGAUUUUCGAGUGGCCAUGUAAACACAAUUUUCUAUACACAAUUCUUACGACGACGACAACAAUAAUCUAAAUUUAA